CUCUAGGUGCAGCGUGGGUUUGGUUAAUGGCCCGCCUGCUCCAGCCGGCCGACUGCUUCACGGACCAGCAGGGGACGGUACAAGCUCACCCUGUCUUGGCCCUCCCAGGAUCUGCGGGCAAGGCUUAUUCUACGCUCAGGGAGAAUAAAAAUCGCACCCUCUGAGGGCUUGCGAAAAAGCUGCGCAUCCUCAGAUGCGGGCAGCGGCAUGCAAAUGGAUAGGGAGAGCGCACGUGGAGCGUGUUUACAAAUAGCGGCCCUGGUGCCUGCGCCUCUCAGCGCCCGGCCGCCCGGACUGAACGAGCCGGAGCAAGGAUCUUGAGCUACGCAAAGUAAAGCAACAGUUCGGCUGAAAGAAGACAUGAAAAAGAUAGUGGCAGUGCCACUAAAUGAGCAGAGGAAUCCUACCUAUAAAAAGUUAUUUGGAGUCAGUCUCCAAGACCUUCAACAGCAGGGACUCACUGAGAAUGGCAUUCCAGCUGUAGUGGGGAGUAUAGUGGAGUACUUGACGAAGCAUGGACUCACCCAGGAAGGCCUCUUUAGGGUGAAUGGCAAUAUGAAGGUGGUGGAACAACUUCGUUUAAAGUUUGAGAGUGGAGUGCCGGUGGAGCUUGGGAAAGAUGGAGAUGUCUGCUCAGCAGCCAGUCUAUUAAAGCUCUUCCUAAGGGAGCUGCCAGAAAGUGUGAUCACCUCGGCUUUACAUCCUCGAUUCAUUCAGCUCUUCCAGGAUGACAGAAAUGAUGCUCAGGAGAGUAGUUUAAGAGACCUAAUAAAAGAGCUGCCAGACACCCACUAUGACCUCCUCAAGUACCUGUGCCAGUUCUUGACAAAAGUAGCCAAGCACCAAGUGCAGAAUCGCAUGAAUGUCCACAAUCUUGCCACUGUAUUUGGACCCAAUUGCUUUCAUGUGCCACCUGGGCUUGAAGGCAUGAAAGAACAAGACCUCUGCAACAAGAUAAUGGCUAAAAUACUAGAAAAUUAUAAUACCCUGUUUGAAGUAGAGUAUACAGAAAAUGAUAACCAGAGAUAUGAAAACCGAGUGAGGCUUAUCAUAGUAAAAGAAGCCAGUUGUAAGAACUCCUUACCCAUCCUUCUAACAAAAGACUUAGACAUGCCAAAACUAUCUCCCAAAACCAAGAUCCCGAAGUCCAGGAGUGAGGGCUCUAUUCAGGCGCACAGGGUACCCCAACCAGAGCUAUCUGAUGGCGUUCCUCAGGUCAGCGUGCAGCUAAGUCAUAGAAAACCCUGCUGGGAUGACAUGAAAUCAGCAGAGGACACCAGUGGGGCCAAGUUGGUAUCCAGUUCGAAGGAAGAUGAAAGACCCAUAUCACCUUUCUACUUGAGUGCCCGUGUAUCCCAAGUCAGCAAUGUUUCAACAACUGGAGAACUCUUAGAAAGAACCAUUCGCUCAGCUGUAGAACAGCAUCUUUUUGAUGUUAAUAGCUCUGGAGGCCAAAGUUCAGAGGACUCCGAAUCUGGAAGUUCGUCAGCAUCUUCUACCACAUCGGCCAGACAGCGCCGACGCCAAGCCAAGGAGCAGGAUGACAUUCGGUGUGGCAGAGACAUGGGACUUAUCAACAAAGAAAAUAUUCCUUCUGGGUUCACCACCCUUGAUGAUUGUAUUUUGAAUACUCAGGAAGUGGAAAAAUUACAUGACAGUACUUCGGAUUAUAUUGGAGAAAGGGGAAAACCUAAACGUCAGAAAUCUAGUUCCAAACUUUCUGAGCUCUGUGAAAAUCAAGAUGGUCUUGUGAAUAUGGAGAGUCUCAAUUCCACACCAUCGCAUGAGAGCGCUGGACCUGAUGAUGUAGAACUGAUGUCUGAUGAAAGCAAAGAAAACGAAAGAGACAGUGGACGUACCCAUCAUUUUGAGAGCCCCACAAUGAAGAUCCAGGAGCACCCCAGCAUAUCUGACACUAAACUGCAAAGGACUCCGGAUGCCGACGCCCAGCAGGAGAGCUUUGUCUCUGAGGUGCCCCAGCUGGACCUGACCGCGUUGUGUGAUGAGCAGAACUGGACAGAACCCAUCCCUACGUUGUCCUCAUGGGAGCAGGAGAACGUGGACUCUGACGAAGCACACCUCUCCCCGCAGGCCGGGCACCUGAUACGUCAGCUUCUGGAUGCAGACAGUGACCCCAUGCCCUCGCCUCGGUUCUACGCUUAUGGCCAGAGCAGGCAAUACCUGGACGACACGGAAGUGCCUCCUUCUCCCCCAAAUUCCCAUUCUUUCAUGAGGCGGCGGAGCUCCUCUCUGGGGUCAUACGAUGACGAGCACGAAGACCUGACACCUGCCCAGCUCACGCGAAGGAUUCAGAGUCUUAAAAAGAAGAUCCGAAAGUUUGAAGACAGAUUUGAAGAAGAGAGGAAGUAUAAACCUUCCCACAGUGACAAAGCGGCCAACCCAGAAGUUCUGAAAUGGACAAAUGAUCUUGCCAAAUUCCGGAAACAACUGAAAGAGUCAAAACUAAAGAUAUCUGAAGAGGACCUAACCCCCAGAAUGCGUCAGCGAAGCAACACACUCCCCAAGAGUUUCGGUUCCCAACUUGAGAAAGAAGAUGAAAAGAAGCAAGAGCUGGUAGAUAAAGCAAUAAAGCCUAGCGUGGAAGCCACGCUGGAAUCCAUCCAGAGGAAGCUCCAGGAGAAGCGGAUGGAAACUAGCCGUCCUGAGGACAUUAAGGAUAUGACCAAAGACCAGAUCGCUAAUGAGAAGGUGGCUCUGCAGAAAGCUCUGUUAUAUUAUGAAAGCAUUCAUGGACGGCCGGUAACCAAGAAUGAACGUCAGGUUAUGAAGCCCCUGUAUGACAGGUACCGGCUGGUCAAGCAGAUCCUGUCCCGAGCCAACACCAUACCCAUCAUUGGAUCCCCCUCCAGCAAGCGGAGAAGCCCUUUGCUGCAGCCAAUUAUCGAGGGCGAAACUGCUUCCUUCUUCAAGGAGAUAAAGGAAGAACAGGAGGGUUCAGAAGAUGAUAGCAACACAAAACUGGACUUCACAGUCUCUCUGAAAACCGAUUUCAGUGCCCGUUGCUUUCUCGACCAGUUUGAAGAUGAUGCUGAUGGGUUUAUUUCCCCAAUGGAUGAUAAAAUACCAUCAAAAUGCAGCCAGGACACUGCGCUUUCAAAUCUCCAUGCUGCUUCAAUACCAGAACUCUUGGAACACCUUCAGGAAAUGAGAGAAGAAAAGAAAAGGAUUCGAAAGACACUUCGUGAUUUUGAAGACAACUUUUUCAGACAAAAUGGAAGAAAUGUCCAGAAGGAAGACCGCACUCCUAUGGCUGAAGAAUACAAUGAAUAUAAGCACAUAAAGGCGAAACUAAGGCUCUUGGAGGUGCUCAUCAGCAAGAGAGACACUGAUUCCAAGUCCAUGUAGGGGGCGGCCGCAGCCCGAGCCAAGGAGGCUGGCGACGCACUGGGAAUUUGCCACCUGCCUCCCCUGGUACAUAGCAGCUCUGCAGAAACUGGAAGGCAGCCUCGGGACUGGACCUGCAAAGCAUGUAGCCCUCUGCCUCCAGGCCAUUGGGAUCGGCUCUAGUUUCCAUUGCCUGCCUUAGAAACCACCGAGCUGGACAAAGGCGACACGCCCUGACCUAGGAAUUUUGUAAGGGAAAGUCAAGAUUCCUGCGCACGCGUGCACAAACACGCACAGACACUGUAGUGGAAGCUUUACUAACACUAGCAGUGGUAAGUCACUACAUUGAGACACACUCAUCCACAGAGAAUAUACACUGUUCUUCCCUGGAUAACUGAGAAAAGGAGGCCAUUCAUUCUCUGUCCAUAACUGUGAUAAAAACCAGCUCAGUACUCUACUCUGUAGAGCGGACUUGCUGUGCCCAUCCCUGUUCUCUGUGGACCCAGUUACGUGGGAACGUGCAUUGGAGCCCUAUUUGCUGCCUUGGCCAUUCCUGUUUCCUUUCCACAGAGCUGCACCUUCCCCCACUCGUGUGAAUCGCUUCCCUUUCAGCUCUCAGGUAGAUGGAAGCAGCAUCUGCCCUGAGUGGCAGUGCAAACGUCUAUUUGACCGUGUGUUUGUGUGUUUCUUCAACACUUCCUCAGCUGACAAAGAAUUUUGAGCCCUAUAGGACUGGAUUACCUGCCAGGGACAGAGGGAAUAUAGCCGGAGCUAUAUUAAUGCUGAUGUUUAAAUCAGGUAACAGGGUAAAGAGCCUGGAGAAUUCUUUCCUGAACAUUGACUGCACUUACCAGUCUCAGAUAUUAACAUCAGACACGAAGCGAGACCAGCAUGCUAUGGCAGCCUGUUUGGGGCUCGGUUUCAUUUUGGCACAAGCCAAACAUAAAGGAUCUUGCUUAAUUUUUAACUGAAGUGUAGAGGAUCAUAAAAGAAAGAGAGAGCACUUGUGUUCUCAGCCACUUGAGUAGUUACCAGAGUUUAGUUUUUGUUUGUUUUUUUAAGUAAACCUGCACUAAAAUCCCCUGAGGGGUUCGUAUGGCCCUUGGAGUUCAUCCCAAGGCAGAAUCUAAAUCACAUUAUUUUCAAGAUCAUGUAUAAAGGGGACAAAUAAUGGUGUAUGGCCAAUUCUGAUUAUAAUUUUGUUAAAGAUGAUGUCACAAAGCUGUCUAUAUUAGACAUUUUGGAGGGACCAGGACAUUUAAGGCACCAAACCAUUCAUCUCUUCAAUGUGCUGAUGUCACUUUGUGAUUUGUUAUUGCUUUAUAACCCUCCAUGUGUGCACUGGGGAACGUGGGUUCUGGUUCUGCCUGUCCAUCCUGGGUCCAUCUUUGUGCUUUGUGAGGUGGAGCAGGGACCGCACAGCAGCCACUGGGUGUCCGGAGGAGGCAUUUCAGCAGCUCUGCCUUUGGAAGAGAAUGUUGCAGGUUGAACAGAACAACAGGAUGCCCUCCUCUAUGUCUUUUCUUAAAGAGUACCACUUUUUUGUUUUGUUUUGUUUUUUUAAGAAGACAAAGAAAGAGAACGUAAAACUCUACUGACCAAUUGUCCAUUUCAAAAAAAAUGGGCUUUUGAGAAGUUGGUCAGAUUGGAUUUGUAGCAGCAAUUUCCAUUGCUGAAGUGAGGCAGCAGCUCUGUCAGCUGAAAAUUGUUGAAGUUGGGAGUGGGUGAAAAAGAAUGCCUUGACGUUGUCGGCUCUGAAAAAUAUCUGCGUAGAAGCAUGAGCAGUAUAUUGGAGGCACCCUACACACUGAAAGACGGUACCUAAUCCUCCAAAUGUAAAAAAUGGACACGAAAAUAUAGUUUGGUAUUCUUUGCUCCACUGUUUACAUUACAGAUGGCUAUAAUUUCAAGGAGUUAUAUUAUAAAUGAAAUGAUGCACUUUAGGAUGUUUUCUAUUUUUGAAAUCUGAACAUGAAUCAUUCACAUGACCAAAAAUUGUAUUUUUUAAAAGAAAUACUUGUCUAGUCUGUCCUUUUCAGUAAUUAUUCUCUGAAAUAAGUUAUAAUAUAAAUCAAAUCAUUACCAGUUAAUUUUUAAAGCACAUCCAUGUAAGACUAUUGUUUUGAAAAUACUAAUAUGCUACAGAAUUUUAAAAAGAGAAAAAGUUAUGUAAAUGAGAAGCUACUAAAUGUUUUGAAAUCUGUUGUGUUGCGAAAGGUAAAUUAAGUAAAGGAUUUUUUUCAGGAAUUCCCAUUCAAAUUUGUAUGAUUGAAUAAAAGAAAAUACCAAGUUAUGGUAAAAUAAAUUGUGUAUGGAAUGUCAUGUUUUCCUUUCUAAUUUCUAAUAAUCUAUAUACUUCGUAGACUGGCGUCCACAGUAAGGGAGAAAUAGCCCUAUUUACACUAGAUCCUAUCUGAAGACAUGUUAUAUUAGUCACUAGGUUCUGACUCUGCCAGAAAUACUGUGGCGAAUUUGUUUCCACAGCAACCAUUUCUGCCGCCCAGGGUAUCAAGACCCUAGAGACAGCGUCUUAAUUGGCUUCACACAGAAUACUCUGGACUGGGUUUUUUUCUUUGCUCUCUUGGGGAAUGUGUGUGUGUUUAUUAGCAUGUGCCAACAAAAUAAGUGUCAAGGGUUAUUUAAUAGCAGUGAUAAGUAAAGGUGAAGCAUGAAUAAACUUGAUUGUAUGGUUAUAAUAAUUAGAGAUAGGAGAGGCUUGUAAUUUUCACAAGCAUUUGCUUUCAUUGUGUUGAGUCUGGAGUAAACAUGGAAAUAGAUGUUUAUAUUCAGUAUGGUAUCAUUACUGGUUUCAUGUUUGAAUCAUUUAGGUCAGAUUUCACUUUUUAGUCAUAUAUGUGCAAGGUUUUGGUUUAGGGGCCUACUUAGAAGGUUUCAUGACAGUGAAGUUUGCCUUGUGCUAUGAAAAGAAAGCCCGCACAAUCUCAGUGAUCUCCAAUUCAGGGAAAAUUUCUGUGAAAGACCAAAUCAAAUUAGAUUUCUUCCAUUGGGCUGCCAGUUUGAAGUCAGAAUUAUUAUUGCCAAGGUCAGGGGUGUCUCUAUAUGUAACAUCAGUGUAAUUUUUGCUUUGUCUCAUUCUGAUGCAAUGCUUGUGUGCUGGCAGGGUGUGUCUGCUCGAAGGUAUGGCAUUUCUAGCCCAGGACAAGGGCUGUGCUUGUGUCAGAAAGGUAGCGCUGAGAUGUCCUGAGGCCAGCAAUCUUGGAGCCCCUGAGUGCUGAGCAUUUGUUAAUGUGGUUGAAGUUUGAAUUCAUUAUAAGCUGAAUAUUUAAUCAUCAGAAUCAAGGGAUGGCGGCCAUAGUGUCAAGUAAGUUGGUUCUUUCUGGGACUGCCUAGUUCUCAGUAGACAGAGUUGGGCCCAGUAUCUAGAAUGGAUUGCAGAUCUACAAGAAAAAUCAAAUUUUAAAGUUUGUUCAUUAAUUUUUUUUUUAAUGAUUAUUAAUCUGAUAAUGAAGGUGCCAUUUUUCUUAAGGGUUCCAUCUUACUGCUUUUGAUGGUAUGUUACUAAUUGAACACCAUAAGCUAUUAACUGCUUUGUGAAAAGCUGGUUGUAGUCUAAAUUCUGUUUUGCUUCCAAGAGUGGUUGUCCUGACACACUGAUUCUGGAUUUUCUUUUUUCCCCUGUAGGUGGGAAGUAAUGGCUUCAAUUCUUCCUUCGUGUUCUUUUUCAGUAUCCUCUUGGUUAAAUCAGCAGAGAGGGACAAACUGAAGCAGGCAGUUUCCUCUGAAGCCCAUGUGUUUGGUAGAACCCAGAACAUGCUUUCCUUUCCUUUUGUUCCCUUUCGUUUUUACCCCCCCACCACCCCUCAAAAUACACUGAAUUUUGUCAAAAGAUAGGUUAACGAUAUUUUCAAAUUUUUAUAUAUUCAAAUUGUGCACACUGGCCGUUCUUCACAGGGUGGCCGACAUGGCAAGCUCCAAACAAGAGUGAGCUCCAUGUCAGCCGCUGUUGUUUCAGCCACUUUCCCAAGUAGAGACUGUGCCCCUGUGGGCAUCGGCGUUCUUCCACCACGACCCUUCAUAAUAGAUGUGUGUAGAUAGGGUGAGAUCGCUUACAGAUUUACACAAAUGUCUGUAAAAUGAACUCUGUACAUCUACAGCUUUGUAUUGCUGUAAAGCUGCAGCUAUGUCUCUAUAGAGAAUCUCAUUUUGCCUGUAAUCCAGCCAAUCAUGGUCAAGUGUGUGGCUUGAGGAAUCAUUUCAGCAGAUCUAAUAAUUCUCAAUCUGAAAGCAUCUCUCCAGUCACGAAAAUCUCCAAGAGUGGAUACAAUUUUAGUAAAGAAAAUGGGCCCAGAACAAUGUUUACAUGACAUGUAAGCAGAAAGUAUUUGAAAUUACAGUUGUCCUUUUUUAAAAUGUAAACUGAAUGAAAAAUGAUAUGUACAUUUUUGUACAUGACUGUAUUUUGUAUAAACUUAAAUAAAAUAUUUUGAACUGUGAA